AUGUCUCCCGAAGCCUGCGAGCUCACGCUCGCGCCGCGGAUGCCCGCAUCGCAGGCCGGUGCCGGUGCCGGCGCCGAGCCCGAGACCAAGGGAUCCGUGCACCCGCAACUGUGGUACGCGUGCGCGGGCCCCACGUGCACCGUGCCGCCCGUCGGCACCGCGGUGUACUACUUCCCUCAGGGCCACGCCGAGCAUGCCGGCGCCGCCGCCGACGCCAACCUGCACGCCCCGCCUUUCGUGCCGUGCCGCGUCGCGGGCGUCAGGUUCAUGGCUGAGCUCGACACCGACGAAAUCUUCGUCAAAAUACGCCUCGACCCGCUCCGCUCCGGGGAGCCGCUGACGGACGUGGGCGAGGCCCAGGUGGUGAACGACGAGGCCGGCCAGCGGCAGCCCACCAGGCCGGUGAUUUCUUCCGCCAAGACGCUGACCAAGUCCGACUCCUACAGCGGCGGCAGCCUCUCCGUGCGGCGCACCUGCGCGGAAACCAUCUUCCCCAAGCUGGACAAGAGCAUCAAACGGCCCCAGCAGUUGGUCUCCGCCAGGGACGUGCACGGCGUCGAGUGGACGUUCCGCCACGUCUACCGGGGCACCCCGGAGCGGAACCUGCUCACCACAGGGUGGAGCGACUUCGUCAACAGCAAGAAGAUCGUCAUCGGCGAUUCCGUCGUGUUCCUGCGCGAAGAGGACGGCACCAUCCACAUCGGCCUGCGGCGCGCCGAGCGCGCGUCCCGGCGGAACGCCUACGGGCGCCAGCUGGUGCGGGGCAACGCGAGCGGCACGGGCGCCGCCGCGGACGGCGUCCUCCGAGCGGAGGACGUGGUCGCGGCGGCGGUGACGCUGGCCGCCGCCGGGAACCCGUUCGAGGUGGUGCACUACCCGCGGGCCACAGCGCCGGCGUUCUGCGUGCGCGUGGCCACGGUCAUUGAGGCCUUGCAGGUCUCCUGGUGCCCCGGCUUGCGGUUCAAGAUGGCGUUCGAGGCAAAGGACCUGUCCCGGAUCAGCUGGUUCAUGGGCACCGUCGCCGGUGUCGGGCCGGCCGAUCCCGCCCGGUGGCCGCUGUCGCCCUGGCGAUUCCUUCAGGUGACCUGGGACGAGCCUGAGCUCGUGCGGAACAUGAACCGCCUGAGCCCGUGGCAGGUCGAGCUGGUGGCGACCAUGCCCAACCUGCCGCACUUCGCGGCGCCGCCUACGCCGACGCCGCCGCGCAAGAAGCCGCGCAUGCCGACGUACAAGGAGUACCAAUCGCAGGGCCGGCAACUUUUCGAUCCCGUUUUCCCGCUCAACAACCCACUCCCACUGCCACACCCACACCACCACCCUGCACCAACCCACGACUGGAACUGCCACGGUUUCGUCCAUUGUUCCUCCUUCCCCUUCCCGGACAGCAUCGCUCCUGCUGCUGCCGCAGGCAUACAGGGAGCCAGGCAUGCGAACUUCGCUCAGUUCUUAUUUUCGGAUCACCUCCUCAGCAACCUGCGGCGAAGCCUGGUGUUGGGUGGCAUCCGCCAGUACCCAGGCGAUCACCAUGCCGCUCCCGCGCCACGGAUCCCCAUCCCCACCGACGACGUGAAGACUGGCAGCGAAACGCCCCGCUCUCCAUCACAUGCGACCAAGAAGCGCGACGGAGUCAAGCCGCCGGGGAUAAGGCUCUUCGGGCAGGAGAUACUGACCGAGGAGCAGAUGAAAGGCAGCCACGAUGGGAAAGCGACCAACAACACCUCUGGUCGCUCUGGAGCGCCCGAGUUCGGGCUGGAGCCCGGGCAGUGAAGAGUGUUGGUGGAGUCGGUCGCCUUCGUCGGAUCAGCUAGCUAGCGCUGCAGCCGCAGUGUAGCUUAGAGGAGCACGUCGGCGACGAGACUUUGAGUGCGUAUGUGAAAUAACCGGGGAGGAUCGAUCGAGGUACCGAACGAAUGACGCUGGCAGGCAGCGACCACACGCCGAGAACCGAUGAUCGACCAGCAGAUAUCGGCUGCGACUGCGAUAUUGUAGAGCGCUAUAUUCAUAGGAUGCGAUAGCGAUACAGCCGAAUGCACCACCGAGCUUGCGGCCACGUACGUUUGAGGUCUCUUCCUGGAUCAGUCUUAGAGAGUUUACAGCUUAAGCUGAUGCGGUUAUUCAAUUCAGUUAUUACGCUGUGUUUUUAAGGCCACUUUGGAUUGCUGGGUUUUUUUUAUUUCUUUCUUAUGUUCUCUACGGUUUUAUGUUCCUGCAGACGAUUCCUAUAAAUUUUGUCCUAU